CCCAAUGCUGAGUACCUAGGUUUUGUGUAUAUUAUUAUUUGCAACACAACGCCUCCACUCUGUUUCGUCUCUCUGAUAAAUCACACUUUUCCCCGCCGCGGAUUGCAGCGUCUUCGUCUUCCAGAUCCACAAGGUAAGUAAGUGAAAAUGGUGGAAAAGGCCGGUAGAAAGGAGGAGGUCGUUACCAGAGAGUACACCAUCAACCUCCACAAACGCCUGCAUAGCUGCACAUUCAAGAAGAAAGCUCCUAAGGCAAUCAAGGAGAUAAGGAAGUUUGCCCAGAAAGCCAUGGGGACUAAUGAUGUCAGAGUGGAUGUGAAGCUCAACAAGGCUAUUUGGAGCCAGGGGAUCCGGAGUGUUCCCAGGAGGAUAAGGGUACGCAUUGCUCGUAAGAGGAACGAUGAUGAGGAUGCAAAGGAAGAGCUGUACUCCCUGGUUACUGUUGUCGAAAUCCCCAAGGAAGAGCUCAAGGGGUUAGGCACCAAGGUUAUCGAUGAUGAGGAUUGAUAAAAUAUUUGUUAGCUUAGUUAAUGUGAUCUUUUCAACUACAUUUCAUUUUGUUAAGACAUUUGGAAUAUGUGGCAUGACAAUUUUGAUAUUCUUCCUCCGGGUUGUUUGCAUUGGAAACAUGAAACAGUAUAAUAUGCCGUUGUGUUAAAACCCCCCUAAUAUUCAGGUUUUAUUUCGCGUGGUAGAGUGGUCAACUCACCCUUUUUAUUAGAGCAUGAUUGGAAGAGUUCAUUUGGA